CGAUGUGGGAAGAUAAGAGCGUCAGAUGAGGAGGGAGGGGAGUAUUUUCCUGGGAGGACAGAGCGCGCGGCUGGACCACUACCUCCUUAAGCUUCAGGGGACAGCUGACAAGAUGGAUACCGACUCUAUGAAGACGAUCCGGAAUUGUCGUAUAAAUUCUAGGACUCUAGGAUUUCUAGUAUUUGUUAUUUUAAUCAUUGGUUUAAUACUCAUAAAGAACUUUCACUUCCGGAACUCUGGUCGAAGAUGGCGACCGGUGAAUUUAGUUCCGGUAGAGAAAUGUAUAGGCAGCAAAUGCGUCCAAUCCAACGAUACUUCUGCUGGAAUGAAAUACGCCUUGUAUUUCCAACCCAGGAAAACGAAAGUAAAUAAAUUUGUUUAUAGAUUUAUGAAUCAACCGAAGAAUGUAUGUGAUCCAUACUAUCCACCAGCUCUGAUGAUUUUAGUACCUUCUUCGCCUUCCCACGUGGAAGAGCGUAAAGCGAUCCGUGCUACUUGGGGUAGUGUGUCCAAUGGGGGUAAGUGGCCCCUUCAGUCCAUCAAAGGAAAAGCCAAGCUUGUUUUCUUAUUAGGCAUCAUCGAAAACAUCACAACUCUUCAAACAAUUCAGGAGGAGGUGAUUGAAUACAAUGAUAUAGUGCAGUGUGAUUUUCUUGACACCUAUCAAAAUCUGUCUCUAAAAAUUCUGUCCGGAAUCCGAUGGACAUACCUAAACUGCCCGGAUGCCAAGUUCAUUCUGAAGGCUGAUGACGACACUUUUGUUCACCUGCCCCUCCUCAUAGCUACUCUGGAGGGAUACUACCACAAAGUAGAUAGGAACGGUGUUAUAUUUGGAAAUAUUAAUGGUGACGCUAAAGUCAGGCGGCGGGGGAUGUGGACAGUCAGCGAGAACAACUAUCCGUUUCCUCAUUUUCCACCAUACGCUUACGGAAAUACUUACGUCAUUUCCGCUAACAUUGCCUCGCGAAUAUUUAGUGCUUCAGAAUACAUGCCCUAUAUACCUAUAGAGGAUGCCUACAUAACAGGUAUCCUGGCUAAAGUUAUAGACGCUCGACACGUCUAUGUCCCAGGAUUUACAUUUUGGUUGGAUUACAAACCGAAUUAUUGUGAUUUUGUCAAUGAUAAUAGAAUAUCUGCUACCAAAGUUAAUUUUAAAUACAUGUAUUACCUUUGGGAUAAAAUACGCUCUGAAGAAACUGAUUGUUGAAUCCACUGGGUUAUAAAUAAAAUUUUCAUUGGAUCUCA